CAGUAAAGUAAACAGUCCACUCGGAAUUCGACAGCCGUGCGCGCGUGCUCUGCGUACUCUCGUAGCCGGGCGACUCGCGAAACAUUCGCGACUUUGUGAAAAAAUAUCGCACCAACGAUAAACAUUAUUCAUUUAAUUGUUAUAUGAAAACUAUUGUUUUUUGUUUACUUUAAUAAUAGUCGUUGUCAAGGAAUUUGCGAAUAUUUGUAUUUUUUUGGAAAACUUGUCGGGCACAUGUAAAUUCACAGCUUCCUGAAGUUACUACAGAACUUAUAGUGUUGUGUGAAGGUUUUCUAGUUGGAUCCGCAAAAUAUAUCGCUGUUUAUAUUUUGGUGUGAUCCCGCAACGAUAUAAACGAGUACUAUACUAGUAAGAAAGAGGCACCAACUUACGGAAUUUUAUAGCAGAAAGAAACUUUAGCAUCUCCAAUUUAAUAGUACCUAAUUAGUUAGUAUCAUUCAUUACCAUUACCAACUAGAACAGUUCACCAAUCAAAGAUUUACAGACGCUCAAUGUUACACCAAACCCCAUGGAAUACCUCUUACUGAAGAGAUACGAAAGCUAACACGAUGUAUAACACGUACACCGCCAUGGAUACCACAGAGUUGUACAAUUUCAACUCAACACUGAGCGACGUGUGGAACACGACGAUGCCUCUCAUAGUAAACGAAACGCUCGCCUCAGGCCACGGGACUGGUGCCCACCACUCCAAAAUGGAGGCGGUGAUGAAGAUAUUGCUGAAGAUAGCGUACGCGCUGGGCAUCGUGGGCAACGCUGCGGCGAUAGUGGCGCUGCGGCGCGGCGAGCGGCGCGUGAGGAACAGAAAGCAUCUGCUGCUGCUCACGUCCCUGGCUGCGAACGAUCUGGUCGCUCUGGUGGGCAUGAUGUGCGCGAUGGUGGCGUCGGAGCAGUGGGUGGACGCGGCCGCGUCGCGCUGGCACUGCUGCGCGCGCGUCGCGCUGCGCGUGUUCGGCGUGGGCAGCGUGUGCAUCGCCGUCACCAUGGCGCUGGAACGGUACCUGGCGCUCACCAGGCCCUUCCUCUACCAGAAGCAAGUGACGUACUACAUGAUCCGCACGGCGCUGCUGGUGUCGUGGCUGUGGGCGGCGGCGCUCACGUGCGCGCCCAUGCUGGGCCUGGGGCUGUACUACGACGCUGACAACCACAAGUGCAAGCGCUACCGAGAAGCUACGCACGGCGUCGACUUCGCCUACGCCGUCUUCUAUGUCAUGUUCGGCACCCUGCUGUGCGCGGUGCUGGUGUACUGCAACCUGGCCGUGAUCCGCGCGCUGUACGCCAUCAGCGCGCCGCGCGCCAGCGGCCCGCCCGCCGUGCGCCGCGUGUCGCGCAGCAGCUGUCGCCAGCGCUCCGCCGCGCACCACAACGCCGCCACGGCCGAGGAGGUGGCCUUCAGCCGGCUCAUGGCCAUGCUCUCCGUGCUCUUCAUGGUCUGCUGGCUGCCGCAGAUGGUGACGUCAGUACUAUACCUGUCAAUGGAGGAGACCAAAUGGAUGAAAAAGCUGUCCAUGCUGUCCGACGCACUGAUGCUGCUCAACUACGUACUGGACCCCGUGCUGUACGUGCUGAUGCGACAGAAGCAUGCGUCCGUCGCGUCGCUGUGCCACUCCAUCGCGCACUGCUUCAAGCGGAAUCACAAAACGUCAACGGACUCCAUGAAGACGUCGUGUUGCCCACAAGAGACCGUGGUGCUGAGCGACAGCUCCGGCGCGGAGAUGCGGCCCCUGCGCGCGCCCGUCUGCGCCCUCCGCAUGGACGACUGACAGGCGACGCGCGACGCGACUGGCGCAGAAACACGCGACCGACGCAGACCAAAGCACACGCAAGAUAUUACACCUGUGUUCAUAGAAAUCUCAAAAACAAGGCAAAGUUCAAGCCGCAGUAGGGCCACGGUCGUAGGGCUGGACUUCAACAAAAGUGGUCUUGAGAGCGAUCCCUGCCGUUUGAGUCAUUGUCUUUCCCACUUCUAACGAUUCUUUACGAUUUAUUGGACGGAAAGUAGAACAUUAGUAAACUUUAAAGACACGGCUUUAUCAGACAUAUAUAUAAAUGACGUGUUUCUAUGAAGUAAAGAGACCAGUGUCUCUUGAGGCACUUGCGUGACGAGAGCGAAUACUAUGCGUAGUGUCUGGUAGGUACAUUUCUUUAUUUAAAAGGAUAUUAUUGAAUGUAAGACGCAAUGCACUUGAAAAUUCCAAUUAAAACAGUGAUAUAGAUACAUAAAAAUUACGUUUAUCUUGAAUUCUAUACAUGAACAACGAACAUGUUACCGGCAAGCAGUGUGCACAACAAGGUACACUAUCGCCUUUUUUUUGAGAUUUGUACGAGUAUGUAACUCUUGUUGAUACUUGGUAUCUAUUAGUGUAACAUAUCAAAUAUAUACCACCAUAUACCUCCCA